ACGAGUCCGAAUCAAACCGGUGCAGAUUAAAUACGAAAUUGUACAACUUUCUGUUUCCCAGCUCUAUUUCGCAACAGCCAUGCAGAUCAUCCUGGUGACCCUUCUUUUGGUAGCCUGCACCAGCGCCAGUGUUCUUCGUGAGCGCCGACAGCUGACCGGCGGCAGCGCCAGCUGCACCGCCGAACAAAAAGCUCAGUGCGGGAUGGCACAGUGCCAGAACAACGGCAACUCAAAUACCCAGGUGAUCAGUGGCGGUAACACUGGUGGCGGCGGUCUCCUUAGCUUGGUGCCAAUCAACGCCCUCAAUGGAGCCGGCGUACAGGUGCCCAUCAACGCCAACGUCUGCCCACCGAUUUCCGUCUGCAACGCCUGCUUGGCUGCCAACAUCCUUGGUUAAUGAGUUCAUUAUCUUGAGCUUUAUUUAAGUUGCUAGUACUUAACAGCGCCCUCCGUGUAACGCUUUUCAGAAUAAAACUAUCUGCAUAAACCUCCUAGAAAAUCUGGUCGACGUGCACUUUUAGUGUACUAUAAAACGCUACAUAGGCGGUCACUUUUUGCCGAGUAUUUUGCAAAAUGCAGAGCAAGAGUAGCUCGAUCUUACAUUUAGAAACACAGGGCUCAAAAACUGGAAUUAGUUUGCAAUGAAAAUGGUUAAUGAGCCAGA